UCUAUAUAUUAUCUCCUACUAACAUCCUUAAUCUUGUACACUAGCACAUAUUGCGCUCCCUAGUUUCCUCUUCCAAAACAAAAAGCGAAAUGGCAAUUAUUGAAACAUCAUUUUGGAAAGUUGAUGUUAUUUUCAUAUUAGCUAUGGGUUUCUUAAUUUUAUCGAGUGUGAAAGGAAAUAGCCAGCCAUUAGUUCCAGCACUUUUCAUAUUCGGAGACUCGGUUGUUGAUGUCGGAAACAAUAAUCACCUUGAAACCGUUGUCAAAUCAAACUUCCCUCCUUAUGGUAGAGACUUCAUAAACCACCACCCCACUGGGAGGUUUUGUAACGGCAAACUGGCGUCUGAUUUUACUGGUGAAAACCUAGGAUUCACAACAUAUCCCCCACCCAUACUAAGCAAAGAAGCCAAUGGGAAGAACCUCUUACUUGGAGCCAACUUUGCAUCCGGUAGCUCAGGAUAUUAUGAGACAACCGCCAAGCUAUAUAACACGAUUCCCUUGAGCAAGCAACUUGGGUACUACAAGGAGUACCAGAAGAAGCUGGUGGAUUUUGCAGGGAAGUCCAAUGCAACUUCAAUAAUCACAGGUUCAAUAUACCUUGUUAGCUCUGGAAGUAGCGACUUUGUUCAAAACUACUAUGUUAACCCACUUCUCUACAAAGUCUACACACCUUACCAAUUCUCAGAUAUCCUUAUAGAUGCCUACUCCCAUUUCAUCAAGGAAUUAUAUAAGCUAGGAGCAAGAAAGAUCGGCGUAUCGACAUUACCACCAAUUGGGUGCUUACCAGCAUCCAUUACAAUCUUUGGUGAAGAUAGCAACGAAUGUGUUACCAAGAUGAACUCAGUAGCCGAAUACUUUAAUAAAAAGCUCAAUGCCACAUCUCUAAUAUUAAAGGCCAAACUGUCGGGACUUAAUCUUGUGGUGCUUGAUAUCUACAAACCUCUUUAUGACCUGGUGCAGAAGCCUAGCGAUUAUGGGUUCUUUGAAGCACGAAAGGCUUGUUGUGGGACAGGAUUGGUGGAGACGUCGUUUCUAUGCAAUGAGAAGUCACCAGGGACGUGUGCAAAUGCCACAGAAUAUGUUUUCUGGGAUGGGUUUCAUCCAUCGGAAGCAGCAAACAAAAUCUUGUCAGACGACUUGAUCGUUGCUGGCAUCUCUCUUGUAUCGUGAAUUCUUCAAAACCAUUUUUAUGACGUACUUUGCCUAU